AUGGUGAAUUUAUUUAAUAGUUUUUCAAGUCCUUAUGAUGAUUUAGUCAAUCAUUUGGGUUCUUCUGGUCAAGGAUCCGCACAAGCAAGACGUAAAACCACAAACAAUCCUAAUAUUAAAGUUAAAGAAGCAAACAAAUCAGAUCACCAUGAAAUACAAAUUUUUAAUAAAACAGGUUACAAGAAUUUUAAAAUAGAAGUCGUUAAACAAGGUCAAGAAUAUUAUUUGAUGGUUCAAUCAUCAGUUGAUAGAUUUGAGAAAUUUUUCAAGUUGAAUCCUUCAAAUGAUAAUUUACAAAAUGUAAAGUCCCAGAUAGUUGAUGAUUGGUUGAUCAUUUCCAUCCCAUUUAAUGCUAAAAAUCAGACAAAAACAACUCCGAAAAAGCAAACGAAUACUCCUAAGAAGCAACCAAAUAGUCCAAUUCCUGCAAAGAGUCCUACUCCGGCGAAAUCACCCCCACCAUCAAAAAAUACAUCAACAAAGACUACACAAGGAAAAAGCCCACAUUCACGUACAAAGAGUCCACCACCGUCAAAGUCUAGUUUCUCAAAAGCAAAGAGUUCAACCAAGAACUUGUUUUCCCGAGGCAAGAAAUCACGUACAGAACCUCCAAGUUUAUUAGAAGCAGCUAGACGCAAACCAUUUUUAGAAGAAGUUCCAGAUCCUGGUAUUUGA